GUCGACGGUAAUUUCGCGUUCGCUGGCUCGGUUGACGACCACCACCCUCCCCUCUUCCUUCCACCUCUCCUUUCCUUCUACAUCCUUUGAUUUCUGAGCUGCAGACAUGGCCGCAGUUGCGCCCCCACCUUCCGACGGCAUUGGCAUCGCCAACCUGCCGAAUCAGAGACACAAGAUCGUUGCGAAACGCGGGGCGCACUUUACCAUCAUGGUAGUCGGUGAAUCCGGGCUCGGCAAGACGACGCUCAUCAACACGCUCUUCUCGACGGAGCUCUCCCCGCCGAAGCAGUACAACAGGCGGCACCAGAAGCAGCUCGACAAGCUCACCGAGGUCGAGAUCAUCAAGGCCGAGCUCGAGGAGAAGCAGUUCAAGGUGAAGCUGACUGUCAUCGACACGCCCGGCUUCGGCGACUACGUGAACAACCGCGACAGCUGGGCGCCGAUCGUGGACUUCAUCGACGACCAGCACGAGGCGUAUAUGCGCCAGGAGCAGCAGCCCCAGCGGAAGGAGAAGACGGACUUAAGGGUGCAUGCGUGCUUGUACUUCGUCAGGCCGACCGGGCAUACCUUAAAGCCCCUUGAUAUUGAGAUCAUGAAGCGCCUUGGGACGCGCGUGAACUUGAUCCCUGUCAUCGCCAAGGCGGACACGCUCACGCAGAACGACCUCAUGACGUUCAAGCAGCGCAUUCGGGAAGUUAUUGCGGCUCAGGGGAUCAGGAUCUACCAGCCGUCCAUUGACAGCGACGACGAUGCGUCGGCGCAGCAUGCCCGUAUGCUCAUCGAUGCUAUGCCGUUCUCGAUUAUUGGCUCCACUGAGGACGUCAAGACAGCCGACGGGCGCGUCGUCAAGGGCCGCGAAUAUCUCUGGGGUGUAGCCGAAGUUGAGAAUGAGGACCAUUGCGAUUUCAAGAAGCUGCGCUCGCUGGUGAUCCGCAACUACAUGCUGGACCUGAUCCACACGACGGAGGAGGUGCACUACGAGAACUACCGGCAGCAGCAGAUGGAGACGCGCAAGUUCGGGGAGCCGAAGCCGCGCAAGCUGGACAACCCGAAGUUCAAGGAGGAGGAGGAGAUGCUGCGGAAGCGGUUCACGGAGCAGGUGAAGGCGGAGGAAGCGCGGUUCCGGCAGUGGGAGCAGCACCUCGUCGCGGAGCGCGACCGGCUCAACAAGGACCUGGAGAUGGCGCACAGCGCGAUCAAGGCGCUCGAGGCCGAGUUGGACGCGCUGCAGGUGAACUAUGGGCGCAGCACCACGCGGAGAUAGAGGGCGGACGGACUGGUUUGGCUUUUUGGUGGUUUUGGGACUGGGUCGACGCGACUUGGUUCGACCCGCUUGUUUUUUUGAAAAGGCUGUUAUCCCGGAGAGUGCGUAUACCCGAUAAUGCAAGCCCGCCGCUCGUUUGUGUCGUAUCUACUUUACAUAGCUGUUACUAGCAGUGACUACAGUACCCUCCUUGACUUGUCCGUGACUGUUGCGGACUGUCCGGCCUGCCCGCGCCGGUCGCCGAAUCCAUGCCCCACUUUCGUCA